GAGUGUUCAACAUGCUGCUGCUGAUUCACAGUGCAGACUAUUGUAACACUGCACAGCAGAGAAAGAGAGGAAGACUGUGCAGGGACUUCAGACCCUUUUUUGCUGGUGACGCUCAUCUUGCACAUAGUUUCACAUCUGCCUGUUUUGAUCUAAGCUUCAUCUUUUCUCAAACCAGUACUGGAUUUGGAGUAUAGUAGAGGAAGUUUCGACCUGGCCUCCAACAACUUCACUGGCAUCUCAUUUUUAAGAUGGGCUGUACCACGGGGCACCUGGCAUGCCAGCCCCAGCCUGCUUCAAGCACCAACCAAGAAGGACAGACUCAGGAGGGGGCAGCUAAAGUCCCAGAGGUCCUGUCGUCUUUGGAGAGGCUUUCUCAGGCAACAGGGGGCAUGGAGAAAUCCUGGUAUCGCUGCAUCUUCCCUUUUGGAAUCAUCUCACUGGUGAUUGGUAUAGCUGGCACAGGCGUGACCUACACAUACAAUGAUCUCCCUCAGACCAAGGUGGUGUCGGUGGUCUUGCUAAUUGUCGGGGUGGUCCUGGUGGUAAUGGCUACUGCAUGUUGGACAGCACAUAAGAAGAAACGCAGGAAAAAGAAAGAGGGAGGCCCCUUUACCACUGAACAGUGUCCUCUGUGAGGAGAGACUAGUAGGAAGAAGAUACUUUUGAUUGACAGCACGGAGAGUUGUGAUACCACCUUGCCUUUUGUUUAGCAUUUCGUUUUGCCAAACUUCUGUCCAUGUGUUCACUCAGGUAGCAGCAGUGUGAACAUGCAAAUAGGACAGCUGGACAAUGUGUUCAGGAUACCCCCAGGGAGCAAAGGAACCCGCUGGACAAGUAUAUGGGUUCACACACAUGGUUUUACUGCCACUCAGCAAGUGUCUGGUGUCAAAACAACUCCAGAGCCACAUACACAUUUAAGACACUAAACGCUUGGGUCGUAACACCAAGCCACUGCUGAAGUCAGUGCUGCCGUCAACACAGCCGUCAGUCCCCUGCAUUCCUGCCCUUGGGGCCAAAUGGCUCCCCAAGGCUAGCAAAGAAGUGAUCCAGAGAGGGCAACCAGACACCGCGACGAAAAGCAGAAGUGCAAAUCCGUAAUCGCCGGACGUCAUUCUCCUGUCCUGUGACACUACAGCAAUGUGUGAGCUUUUUUUUGCAAUGGGAGAGUGGAACCUGAGCUGAGCCUCGGAGGGUCUUUACUGGCGAGAGAAGGCAUGAGCAGGAAACAUUGCCUGUGUGUGUGCGUGUGCAGGUAGAAAUAUGGAGAACUUCAAGCAUGGUGCAUGGAAUUCCACUUCAUUCUCCAGUUUUCUGAUAUCAGGCUCACUCUUGUAGAGCAGUGACCAUUUUCCUGCAAGCCAACCUUCCUUUUGAUUUCAGUUCCUGUCGGCGAUCAAUACAGCUGAUCUGGCUAGGCAAGUAGAUUGAUUACCUGUAGCACGUGUGUUGAGUUAGAGUUGGAACUGAAUUCUAUAGGAAGAUGUGCUGCUCAGGGCAUCAGAAGUGAAUUAGGUGAAGAUUUAUAAUAUUGUAAACGUUUGUCUAAACCUCUGUUUUCUUCACUGUAUGUGUGUGCCUCUAAUCAUUCUCAGGCCCUUGCACAUCAGCAUUUGAGGAAUAUAUAAGUAAAUGGAUUAAAUAACAAACCAAAGCCUGUUUUGAGAAGAAAAAAAAUCUUGUCUUCAGAGAUUUCAUUUCCCUGCCUCACAGAGAAUUAUAUUUCUAAAGGAGAAAAAACGCAAGAGGACACCAGAUGUCAACACUUACGUUUACUUCACUCCUGUGCCUUGAGCAAGUGGGACUCAAGAGGCGUACAGUACCUUCUCAACACCGUUCUCUUUGGCCUUUGCUCUUCAUAAACCCAUUGGCCAACAUCAGCUUUUCCAUUCAAGCUAAUCCCAAUUCUCAUGUCAUUUCUGGCUUAAGGAGUUACCUUCCAUCAACUCCCCUUCCGCUCCCCUUCUGUUUCACUCCCAGCUCAUAAACCCCAUUCUCCAGUUCCACAAACUGCCAUCGUUCCAGCAUUUCAUAUCAAUCCCCAUGGUGGAAAUACCAAUUACACUGUGUCAAGAAUUCUCUCCAUUUGAAGAAAGACCUUCACCCAGGUUGGUAGACAAAUACCAGAUUAAUGGACUUGACAGGGUUGUCGUUAUGUUGGCUUUCCAUAGCUGUCACUACUUAUUGUAUUUCACACGGAUGAAGGAAUUGGUUUGUGAAAUAUUAUGAGUGCCAUUCACCUGUUCAGCUCUGGUUGUAUACUGAGAAACCUAAUUUGUUAUCUCUUAUGAUUGGUAGAGUGAUGUUUCAUUGUAGUGCGAUAAAAAGUGAAUCAUUAUUAUUCAGUACGAAACUGAUCCCAUGACUUAUUAUUUGACAGUUAGAACCUCCUGGCUCAUUUAGCUAAAGAAAUGAUUCCAGGGAAAAAAGGACACUAAUAAUAGCAAUAUGAAGAGAAACAGAACACAGGCAGGAUAUACUUGGGAAGACAGUUACAGAAGAAUAUCCGUCUAUCAGGCUAUACAGUCAGACUUUUGCACAGUGGGAAUUCCCUUGAGUGUCUCCAUGAAACUAAUGGGCGGAUUAUAUUUGCAGACAUAAACUUUCAUUAGCACUGUCAAUUGCAGAGCAAAUGUUUUUUUUUUUAAUUAUGAUGAUUAUUAUUAUAAUUAUGAAUGAUGUAUAUAAAGAAUGUCUAAGUAAUGCUCACUUAAAGAUCUUUCUGUGAACUCGGAGGUUAACUGGCAAAUAAUUCCUCCCUUUGUUUUUGAAAAGGAAAGGUGUGCCUUGUGAAAGGGAAAACAAUAUUCUAUGGUGGUGUUUUCAACAAUACACAAUACAGAAUGCUGUUGCUGCAUGCUAUAGUACAUCUCAGUUAAUUCGAAUACUGCUUAAGAACUGUAGGGACCAGAUAUGGUAGAGUCAUGUGUAACUAAGAUAACUGGGAGAUAAUAUGAAGAAAUUAUGUAGACCAGUAAAUUGGAGGAUGUGUUUACAAUAUAAAACAGCUGUGGUAUGAAAUUAAGGGAUGAGUGAUGGCUAUUAAGCCAUCAUUCCAUGAUCAUCUGACUGAUCAUUAUCUGAUCAUUAUCUUAAAACAUAGCUUGGUGGCUGCCUAAUGAUGACUAAAAAGAUUGAGGGACUUAUAUAAGUCGUUGAUAUUAGUCUGACCAUCUCUUCUAUCUGUGCAAUUGGAGGUGACGUAGAGUAGCUGCCAGAGAGUAAACAUGACAUGGUGAUCUUUUCCUGUGUGGUAAGGGUGAUGUUAAGUGUGAACUUAUCAGCUCUGGCACACAGCUAUUCCACUAAGGUCAUGACUUGGCCUACAUUCUCUACAGGCAUACAAGAUGAGAUAAAAAAAGAUAGAGAGGGAUACAAAGCUGCAGAGAGCUGAGCAAUUUCAUUGAGGAAAAAAAGAGCGUGGAAGGUAUCUGCCACGUGCUUGGAAUGAAGAAAGAUCAAUAGCCAGACCUCUAUAUGUAUCUCUCCCUCUCUCUGGAUGUCUCUCUUGAUAUGCAGCCGCCCCCUUGUGCCCUCCACAGACCCUAGCCUUAUAUUCGUUCAUUCAGCUAUGACUUUGUAAAUGAACUCGUCCGUUGUACAUUCAUACUGGAUGCCAUGAUGGCAAGUUAUUAAUGACAGUUUUAUUUUUAAACCCUGCUUUAGUACAAUGAGGAAAGUGAGUGUUAUGUAUGACCUUUUUCUGCUGCUUGAAAAGGGGGAAAAAAAAGGAAAAUCUACCUCUUUUUCUCUGGGGGUAUACUUUAUUGGAUUGGCCUUUAGUGUGCCUAUUCACUGCAGAGUAUUGACCGUUACUAGCUGGAGGUGAAUAUAUGCUAACCUGUGACCUGUAAUGUAUUUAGCUAUGUUAGUUAUGUAAAUACCAACUUAUAUAUAUUUAUAUAUUUAUACUCCUAUUUAAACAUUUUUUUGAAAUUGUAUUAAAGAAAAUGUCAAUAGAGACAAGCCUUUUUGUUUUUAUUAGGAUGUUAUAAAUAAAAAAGUAAUAAAUGUGCUUUAUUCAUUAAUUGUUAAUUAAACAAUUUAACCUAUACAUGAUGUGGGUGUUUCUCAAGCAUUUGUGUAUAUCUCAGGUUGUAAGGAAAGUGACACUGAUUUUCAACACAAAUUGAUGGACAAUCACUACACAUGGUGUAAAACUGUCAAUACAUUUGAUUUAUUUAUCUUUAAUAACUGAUUCAUCCUGGGCAAGGUCAGGCAAGGCACAGAUACAUCCUGGAUGUUACAACAGACCAAUUCAAGGCAUUCUUGCACACUUGUAAACCUAUUACCCCCAGGGGUAAUUUAAUGUAGGCAAAUCUGUUGCCAGUAUGUUUUUGUGUGUGAGGAAUUGAGAGGAAACCAGGAGGAAAUCCACAUGGACACAGCAAGAACAUGUAAAACUCUCCACAUAGAGCAACCUGGGCUCAGGCGUGAAGUGGGAUCCUGGAGCUGUGAUAAAAACUCUAGGACAAAUCACAGAUAUUGUUUAUGGCUACAGAUAGACCUAUGUGGUUAAAACAUUGUGAACUACAAUAUUCACAACUAAUGUUCUCUGCCAUUGUUAAUGAAUUAUCUAACACAAAAUGUACGGCGUUUCUUCCAUUUUGGAUGAUGCUAUUGGGUGGUAACUAAAGGUAUGCAUUUUAAUAAUGAUCCUGUUGAAGAACCAAGUGAGGUAGGGAGUAAAAGUGGAAACCUGGGUUUGUUUGAGGAUUGUUGUUGUUAUACUGUAGAUAACAGUGUGUUGCCAAAGUAAUGACGCUGUUCCGAUGACACUGAGGCAAUCUUGAAAACUAAAAAUACCAUAAUACAUUUAGCAACAAUAAUUAAUUAAAAAUGAAUUAUAAGUAAUGUAACAACAACAAUAAUAAUGAUUGUUAUAAUUAUUAUUGUUGUUAUUAUUAUUAUUAUUAUUAUUUUUAUUAUUAUUAUUAUGUUAAAAAAAACUCUGCCUUAGAUGUCCUUUUCCAUGAGUAUAGUGCUGUAG